AUGUAUCCUCCCAAUACAACGUGUUCCUACAUCCUCGAUGGUUUGCAAGGUGAUCAGAACCUGGAAAAAGUGAUUCUUACCUUCGAAGAGUUUGCUGUGCUGUCAGAUGAUGAUAGUACUGGUAUAACGGAGCCUCCAUCUCUGGACGAUAUCACCUGUCCUGCAGCCUGGGUAGGGGUCGCCAUCUCGGACGCAACCAUGAAAGCUACCCUCUCCUCGACAGAUGAGAGUAACUUCGAGGCUACGCUCUGUGAAAGGAUACCUUCAGGAUCUCCAUUACUGGGCCCCUAUGUGAGCGUUGGACCGCGAAUGGUACUUCAAUUCGGUACUACGGACAAAUUGCUCACCGAUGGCCUUCGUCCUCAUGGAUUCAAGGCGAAAGUCGAGUUCAAAACAGACUUCGGUGUUGCUGGUGAGCCCAUGGGUACAUCAAACGAGUGUCUGUUCCGGUUUCGGAGUCCGAUGGGUUUCUUCAACAGUCCAAGAUAUCCAGCCAAUUACCCCCUUGACACCAAUUGCACCUAUUUCAUCGAAGGGAAUGUUGGUCAGCAGAUUCUAAUUCAUUUCGAGCAGUUUGCGCUUUAUGUCGAACAAGGAGAGGGUCGGUGUAAGGAUUGGCUUGAGAUCUACGAUGUUUUCAAUGAAGGCACAGAAGAACGACUUUCUUUACAAGAGCGCUACUGUUCCGACACCUUCCCAGGUCCAACGGUGUCCGCAUUUGGAGCCCAUUCGAUGCGUGUCAUCUUCAGUUCCGAUUCAACAGGUACUGGGAACGGUUUCAAGGCUCUCUACGAGAUUCGUCCGGCUGCCAAGGAGGACAUUCCUACACACGAAACGAAAGAGCCUCGUGGUGAAGGAGCGUAUCGAUGUGGUCGACGAAUCAGAGCCAGUGCGACCACUCCAACUGGUUAUGUGAUGUCGCCUAACUAUCCCAUCAAAUACAACAAGGAUGUACAUUGUGAUUGGGAGAUCGUCGCUAGGGAUGGAUAUAAGGCGGUUAUUCGCGUAUCCGGAGCGCCACGACCAGAAUACUGUGGUACGGAUCAAGGAGUGUUCACACCAUUUGUCACCAAAAAUAGCUCUGUUCGAAUAAGCUUCCUCACCAGUCCCGACAAAGUGAACGGACUUAAAGGCUUCAAUAUGAGUUGGACGGAAGUUCGGGAAGUAAAUGAGAUGAGCGAAUGUUCGUCAUCUUCUGAAUAUAUGUGUACUUAUUCAAAACUAUGUAUCAGUUCGAUGUUACGAUGCAAUGGUGACGCAAAUUGUGGACAUCAGGACGAUACAGAUGAAACACAUUGUGCACGAAAGGAGAGCAGCACCGACAAGACGAUUGUCAUAGCGGGUGUGUUCUGUGGUGGAACAUUUCUAUUCAUCUGUGUAUUUUUCUGUUACCUCUUCAAAUCAAAGCUUGAACGUAAAAAGAAGCGGCAACGCAUUCAUGGCUCACGACACCGCCAACGGCAACCAUUCCGAUCGCAAAAGCCUGUUGGAAAGUCGAUCAAUGACUCGUGA